GCAAUUACAGUUACUUAGCGAUUCGGUUUUCUAUCAUACUUUCAGUUAGCAAUGGGGAAACAUAAAUGAAAGUAUGUAUUGCAUGUUAAGUUGAAAGCUUAGGUGUAUUCAGUGCACAUUAAGUUGAAAGCUUAGAUGCAUUGGUUUCCAGUUUUGUAACCUUUUGUUGUUUACUGUAGUUCCCUGUUGUGGAAUUGUGCAUGCCUUCCUUUACUUAAAUAAAUGUUUGUAAACAAGCUACAUGAUUUCAUGUUUUUAAUCAUGUGACCAUGGCAUGACUUCUGGCUAUGAGAGUCAGUUAUUUUAUAUUUCUUCUUGUGUAUCAAACAUGUUUUGCUUAUUUAUCAUUUAAAUAUUGUGGGAGAAGAAAUAGGAAAAAAGUACUUUUCAGGCUCCGAAGCCAUUGAAAUAAAUGUGCUAAAGUUUCAUAUUUUGAGCUUAGAAGAUGCUGCGCGCAAUGUACGAUUUCCAAGCACCGUACGAGGGCACGCUAAGUUUUGUCGAAAAUGACCUUUUCGUGACAUUAAAAAGAACUAAUAAGGAUCACGAAUGGGUUCAUGUCAUUAAGCUAAAUGGAGAAAACGGCUAUGCACCUGCCAAUUACCUCACGGUAGCUACAUGUUCCAAAAUAGAAGAAAUUAAGCACAUUGAUGAUAUUUUAAAACGAAUUGCUUGCAAGCGGUCGCCUGGUCGUGACCAAGCAUCUGUUAUUGAGAACCUAAAAGAAUCUCGAAGGAAACUAGAAAAAGAGCUAGAACACUUGGCAGCCAAACAGAUGUACGAAUUAACAUCACUCGUUCGCCACAACACGAGAUGUACGUUCCAGCAGGCGCAAGGGGCCAUUCUCGAAACUCUGAAAUACUUGCAAGAGAACGUUCUUCACAUUCCGGAUGGAAUUGAGCGCAUUCUUAAUACCGACACAGAUCAGAUUUCCAUGGAAAUCCGCCGUGGCGGACUAGAUAGUCACCAUUUGGAUCGGGUGGUUGGUUUAAUCAUGGAAUUUGCUUCAGAUCAAGAAACUGAUGUUCCAGAAGAAACUUGGAACGAAAUGUUAGACCUCACAACGCAUGCUGAUCGUGCUUUGUUGAUUGCUGCUCUUGAACGUCAUGAUUGUGCCUUGCUGCUGCAGUUGGUUCACCGUUUGCAAGCCGAAACCUCAUGGAGAAAACGGAGGCCAAUACUCGCCAUUCUCUUCCAUGCCCUACAACUAUUGCCAACAUUCGUCAACGUGGCCAUCAACUCUGUUCUUCCUUCCGAAUUGGCCAGAGAUAUCCAAGCGAUUGGCACUGCAAAGGAUAUCAAUAAAGAUCGCAUUUAUUGGUCGAUCCGCGUUCUAACUGUGACGUUAUGUUGCCAAGAACCUCUAUCCUUCGCGCAGCAAAAUGAGCUCGGAGAAAACUUGAUCGCACUUCUCGUUGACGUGUUAGAAACGGAAUCUGUUUCCAUAGCUACAAGUGACGAAAAAGAUCAGGAAUGUUUGACAAUCACUAGUGCCGCGAUGCAUUUAAUUUUGGCGCUGCAUCGGCAGUUCAGUUUAGUGUCUUCGGAGAACAAUCCAGUUUUGCUCUGUUUAGCUAAUAGAAGUAUGUGUGACAGCCUUAUCGAAAAGAUCUUACUACUCUACAACAGAGAAGUUUUAAUACUAGAUGAUCCUAUUAAACAAUACGUUGGCCAUCAAAAUGAUGACAAUCAAACUGAUUCAGUUUCGAGCUUGAUGCGUGGACUCUUUUCAGGAGCUGAAACAGCCAAAUUGUUUUACACAGCUGAUCUAGAAGUUUUGCUUGAUGUCAUUUUAAGACGCCUCACUGAUUAUGGGCCAGGAGAUAAGAGACGAUCAGAUGCCUUGCAGCUUUACCAUGCCAUCCUACGGGUUAGGAGUCCUGUUUAUAAAAAAAGCGAUUUCGCUAAAUGUUUAAAAGUCAUACGUGAAGAGUCAGACAAAUUAGGAAGCCCAUCCACAGCCAUGCAACAAGAUCAUCACAAAGUUAUGCAAAUUUACCACGAAUUUCCUGAUUUCCUCGAAAUGUCUUAAGUACUUCCUUCGAUCAAAAGAUAAAUAAAUAAACUAGUCCAAAUACA